AUGCCACUUGCAUUUUAUUAUGAUUUCAUGUCACAGCCCUGUCGGGCUGUAUAUAUUUUUCUUAAAAUGACUGGUAUACCGUAUCAAGCAAAAUCAAUUGCAUUACGAAAACUUGAUCAUUUCAAAGAUGAUUUCGCUAAAAUAAAUCCAUUUAAGAAAGUGCCAGUUAUUGAUGACUUUGGCUUUGUUCUUACUGAAAGUGUUCCAAUUUUACAAUAUCUUGCUGAUAAGCAUAAAAAACAUGAUUGGUAUCCUACAGAUUUACACAAACGAGCACGCGUAAAUGAAUACACCAGUUGGCAACAUUUAAAUUUACGUUUAAAUGGAUCGAUGCUUUUCCAAACGAAAGUCAUUAUACCAGUAGCACGAAAUAAACCGGCCAGUCAAACUGAUUUAGAAAAAUUUCAUAAAAGAUGGGAAGAAGCGACUGGAGGUCUUGAAAAUGUUUGGCUUCAUCGAUCAUCGUAUUUAGCUGGCGAUCAUAUUACUAUUGCUGAUUUACUUGGUGUUUGUGAAAUGAUGCAACCGGUAUCAGCUGGCUACCAUGUGGAUACGGCUAAAUUUCCUCGUGUUCAAGAUUGGAUGGAACGAGUCAAAGAUCAGACUCAACCACAUUUUGAUGAAGCACAUGCUGUUUCAAUGCGUUUGAGAGAAAAAAUUUUAAAAGAAGAAAAACAAAAGUUCUACUGA